UUGUCAAUUAACCGAUAAAAAUAUUUCAUUUAUAAUUUCAGAAGCCUAUAAGCAGUGUAACCGUAGUACCACUGGUUGGAUUGAAAUCACGUGAUUGGGAAGUAGAUGCUUUGCUGCGAGUUCGUGCCAUGGAACAGUUAACUUCUGCUAAGUUAACAUUGCAAUCAUUAGCUCAACUUCUCACAGAGAUCAACCGUAUCGUUAUUACAGAUGUUGUAGGAAAUAGAAUAAAAGUUGCGUUAGAUUUGGUGGAACGUUCUGCUGAACUCCUUAGACAUGGUGAUCUUAUGAAUGGUUUUAUCCUCAGUAAAGAUGCAUUUAUUACUGCCGAAGAAGCUUUUUCCGAUCCAACUUUGUUAGCACUUCUUUAUUUUCCAGAAGAUCAAAAAUAUGCUGUAUAUACACCUUUAUUUUUACCGGCAAUGAUUCCUGUCUUGUUGUCUCUUAAAACUAUAUUACAAUAUUACAGAGGUGGAAAAACCGAUGCGAAAAAGGUAACUACUCAAAAUAAAACGAACAAAGAUUCGACGAAAGUAAGAGAUGAGAAAGUACAGUGAUAUAAAUUAUUUAAUAUAUUGAGAUCUACGAGCAAUUUUUAUUUGAAAUAAAGUAAAAGUUGAAGGGGUUCUU